UCUACUCUUGGACUCUUCCACGGCCCCACCUCCAGCAGCCAGUGUGAUCCUUUAAAAAUGCUGUAUUAUGUCAUCUCCUGCUCAAAAUCCUCCCAUCAAUUGCUAUCACACUCAGAAUGCAAUACAAAAUCUCCAACAUGCCCUAUAAGAUCUUACAUGAUCUGGCCCCUGGAUACCUGUGCAUCUUUAUUUGCUAGCAUUCUCUCCCUCCCUCCCUCUUCUCGUUAUACUGGCCUUCCUGAUGCUCUGUGAGCAGGUUAAGCAUACUACUUGAGGCUGUGGGAUCUUCGCACUUACUGUUUCCUCUGAAACACUCUUCUACUGAUAGCUACGUGUGUCACUCAUUUCAUUUAGAUAUCUGCUCAAAUGGCAACUCCUCGAAGUCUUCCCUGGUCAUUAGCUCUAAAUAGCCCCACCAUUCCUAUUCCUUACUUUAUGUUUCGCCAUAGCACUAAUCAGUACCUAUCAUUAUAUUAAAAAUAAAUAUGUAGUUAUUCAUUUGUUUGUCUAUUUAGAAUGUAAACGCCAAGAAAACGGUUGCUUUCUUUCACUCCAGCAUCUCUAGUGCCAGGUACAAUACUGGAUAGAUAGCAGGCUCUUGAUAUUUUGUUAAAUGAACAAAAGACUCGAUUCUAAUUUAUCUAAUUUCUUGACUCACACUCAGCAAGAGCCAAAAAAUAUUUGAGUAGCACUUAGCUAGAUGCUUAGAGCUUUAAUAAUCUAACAGUCCCUGACCUGAAUUGUGACCUUUUGGGUGAGUAGUGAUUGGGAGAGGGCAAAAGGGAGCCAUCAGUGUACCAGAAACAUUCUUUAUCUGAGUAGUAGUUAUAUAGGUGUAUAGGUAUGUAUGUACGAACCUAUUGAGCCAUACACUUAAUAUUUGUGUAUUUUAAGCUGCACCCUAACAAAAAUUUUUAAAUUUCUGACCUAUCUAGAGACAUCAACAGGUAGUUCCCAUUUUGGUAACAGCAAUAAUAAAGGUCUGCACGGCCUGCCUGCCAUGUGAGCAGUGAAAAUGCCACCCUCUAAGUGCUGAGAUUGGCAUAGUUGUUAAAAGGAAAAGGGGAGGCUGUGUCCCAUCUUCCUUCUGAUACCAGAACCUCCCCCAAAUCAUGGGCUUCUUUCAAUGCCCUCGGUCCACCUCCUCAAUCUGGCGCCCAAUAUGAGCACUCAACUACUAAAAGAUGCUCCACAUGCUGGAGAGCAGAUCCCUGAAGACGGCACACAGCAGAGCUUCCAUCAGAGGAGCCCGGGGCAAGAGAAAGGAACAGUGGAACAAUCUUUAUGCCUUAGAUUCUUAAUUGUGCACACUGCAUCCUCGCGCGUUUGGAGGGGACUAUUAGCACACACAGCCCACCUAACGUCACAAACGGCGCACGCGGGCCGCCCCCUCCCGAGCCCCACCACGCACGCGCAGCAAAGGCUGCGGAUACGCAGGCGCACUGCGGCCCAGCUUGGCCGUUGCUGAGCGCGCUCCCAGGAGCGCCCGGAGGGCGCGCGCCAUGGAACAGCGGUUAGCCGAGUUCCGGGCAGCCCGUAAACGGGCCGGGCUGACGGCCGAACCCAGCACUUCGAGCCAGAGCGCACAAACCUCAGGAGAGAAAGCAGAAGCGACUGCGACUCCAGAGUCAGCCUCAGGAUGGCUGAAACGGUUCCUGGUGUGGAAACCGAGGCCCGCGAGUGCCCGGGCCCAGCCCAGCCCAGCUCAGGAAGCGUCUCAGCCUGAGAGCAGCACAUCACAGCCCCCACGGACUACAGCCGUUCCCCUGCCAGUGCCAGGAGACCAGUCUUUUCUGACCAACAUCACCUUCUUGAAGGUCCUUCUCUGGUUGGUUCUGCUGGGACUAUUUGUGGAACUGGAAUUUGGCCUGGCUUAUUUUGUCCUGUCCUUGUUCUACUGGAUGUAUGUUGGGACACGAGGCCCUGGGGAGAAGAAGGAGGGAGAGAAGAGCGCCUACUCUGUGUUCAACCCGGGCUGCGAAGCCAUCCAGGGCACCCUGACUGCAGAGCAGUUUGAGCGCGAGUUACAGUUUAGACCCCUGGAGGGGAGAUAGGACCGAGCUCGCCUGUCAUGAAGCCAGGCUCCCACACUACACGGUCCUCUUAGCCCUUGGGAGUGGACUUCUGGGUUUGUUUCAGGUGCCUCAGACUGACGGCUUGCGGAUUAGUUCUGAGACCAUGCAAUUCUUCCUUCUUUCCCCGAUCUGCUGCAAUUUUAUCUUUGAACUUCUCUUUGUUUUGGUGAAACUCCCUGAAAAACACUGUGGGUCUGAUGCAAUUUAUAAAAGUUAUGUGCUCGAGAGAGGAGAUUUGUUUGUCUCAUUAUUUGAGGGAGAUGAUUUUAGAGCACUAGAAAGGCAUUGGGAGAUAACUGUUUAAAAUGUCCAGCUGUUUGUUAUAAUGGUCAGGUACAUCAGGACUGUAUAUUAAAAGUAAAGGUUCUCUUUAAAUCUUUUCAUAUUUACAACAUUUUUUCCCUGAAAAGUUCAAGUCGCAAGUUUUGUUUUGGGUUUGUUUGUUUGUUUUGUUUUGGAGGAGUUGCUUCCCGUUUUAAGUCUUACUUUAUCCGUCAUUAAUGAUAUUGAAAAAUAAAAUAUUUUUAACAGCUGCUUUUCAGAAACAGAUCCCAUUGCCUAUCAGCAUCUUCCACUUUCCUCAAUUAUUCUACCCUGAUAAGAGAAGACAGAGUCUUAGGUGAUGGGCGGGGAGGGAUUUCACAGAGUCAAUAUUGGUAGAUUUGAUAAGUAGUUAUUAAUGAUAAAUUCAGCAAGAAAAAAAUUCUUGAGUGUGUACAAAGGGAGUCUGGAAGUGGAACUCCAGACUUCCUGGCUGCUCAGGUGAUUUCAUGGGUUCUAAGGGCCUAAAGCAAACUGUCCCUCCACCUAUGGCAACUAGCGAGCAAUUAUGUAAAUAGCAGUAAUCAGGCAUGUUUUCAGUGUUCCUCUUCCAAUACAAAGUUAGAGUUUGGGUUCAUUAAAAUUGGGCAAAGCAAACCGUUAGAUACUUUUUUAAAAAUAAACCAGACCGAUGAGUAAGAAG